ACAGUAAGAAUGGACAAAUUAAAUAUUGAAAUGUUUAUUUCUGAGGUGCAAAGCUACCCGGUUUUGUGGCAGGAUAGCCACAAAGACUUUAAAAAUAAAAAUAUUACGGACCCCAUAUGGAAAAAACUGGGAGAAUUGUGUGGUUGUUCUGGUGAGUUGGAAUUUAAUGUCCAAACUCCCACAAGAGAAGCAGCAAAAGGAAAGUGGAAGAAUUUAAGAGACACAUACAGGAGAAAUCUGCAAAAGAGUCAACCAGCAAAAUCGGGCUCCGAAGCUCUUCCAGUUAAAGUUAAGUGGCCAUAUUAUGAUUUGAUGAGCUUCAUUAAAAAAAGCGUUGUUCCGGAUCCUAUGGAUGGGAAUCUUUUGGAACCAGAGCAAUAUCAAUGUUGCAAUCCUAAUUAUUCGACUUUGAUUAACGAUCUACUAAGUGAAGAAGACUCUGUUUUAAAAACUGUUGAUAUGCCUGAAACCAGCACUUCUGUCUCCACCAGUUGCUCUACAAAUGUGCCACCAAAAACAAAGAAAAGAAAGGGAAGAACAAGCGAGUUUGAAUCUGAAUUUCUCCAAAUUGAAAAGGAGCGAAUGGAAAUUUUAAAAGCUGAGGUAGAAAAGAAGGAAGAAGAUGAUGAUGACCUUCAGUUUUUUAAAAGUUUCUUGCCAUUUAUGCGGCAGUUUAACAAUAUUGAAAAAUUAGAAGUCAGAGGAGAAAUACAAAAUGUAAUUUUAAACAAAUACCGGACAUCGUUUGCCAAUAAUCAGAACAAACAGUAAAGUAUAUAUGUAAUAUUAUGUUUAACUUAUAUAAAUGAAUAAAAUGAAAUUUAUGUUUAACUUACCUCAAGGUCAAAACGAGCCUCUGCUCUGCACGAAUUGCUUUCCUUUGUUUUGUUAAUUUAGGACGAACUUUUUCAAGCAAUAUAUGAAAAGAUUGUAUAGACAUACGUAGAUAUUGAAAGAAUCUAUCUGGAAAUUUACGUAGAAUUUGAUAUAAAUGAUUAAAUUCACCGAACCUCCAUCUUGUUUGGUUUAUAGGAUGAACACCAUACUUUCUUUUUUUUAUACGUAGCAAGAUUCUAGCCUUCGGCCUUAGGCCGCGGCCACGCAGUAAACGACUGAGCGAUGAGCGGCUGAGCGAUGAGCUGCUGAACGACGAUUUUGAGCGACGUGUGGCUUUUUACUGAGCGACUGUUGUUGAGCGAUUAGUUGCUAAAAUGCCGUUGUCAAGGGCUGUACAACGUAUAUUACUGCUUGAAAAUAGAUAUCAUAUUUAUAGAAUCUUGCUACGUAUAAAAAAAGAAAGUAUGGUGUUGAUCCUAUAAACCAAACAAGAUGGAGGUUCGGUGAAUUUAAUCAUUUAUAUCAAAAUCUACGUAAAUUUCCAGAUAGAUUCUUUCAAUAUGUACGAUGUCCGGUAUUUGUUUAAAAUUACAUUUUGUAUUUCUCCUCUGACUUGUAAUUUUUCAAUAUUGUUAAACUGCCGCAUAAAUGGUAAGAAACUUUUAAAAAACUGAAGAUCAUCAUCAUCUUCUUCCUUCUUUUCUAUCUCAGCUUUUAAAAUUUUCAUUCGCUCCUUUUCAAUUUGAUUCAGAUUCAAACUCGCUUGUUUUUCCCUUUCUUUUCUUUGUUUUUGGUGGCACAUUUGUAGAGCAACUGGUGGAAACAGAAGUGCUGGUUUCAGGCAUAUCAACUGUUUUAAAAACAGAGUCUUCUUCACUUAGUAGAUCGUUAAUCAAAGUCGAAUAAUUAGGAUUGCAACAUUGAUAUUGCUCUGGUUCCAAAAGAUUCCCAUCCAUAGGAUCCGGAACAACGUUUUUUUUAAUGAAGCUCAUCAAAUCAUUUUAUCAUGCUAAUAUGUUAACAAUCAAUUUUUUUUAUGAAUAAAAAAAACACUCACCAGAACAACCACAUAUUUCUCCCAGUUUUUUUCAUAUGUUUUCAGUGAUAUUUUUAUUUCGAAGUCUUUGUGGCUAUCCUGCCACAAAACCGGGUAGCUUUGCACCUCAGAAAUAAGCAUUUCAAUGUUAGAUUUUUCCAUUCUUUCUGUUCGUCGCUCAGCAUUCAACUGAAAAUUAGAACAUGUUUUAAUUGUUAAGCGACGUCGCUCAGUCGCAGAGAAAUCGCUCAGUCGCUCAGUCGCUCAUCGCUUACUGCGUGGCCACUUCAAUGGCAUUCCAUAUGUUUUAAUUUCGUCGCUCAUCGCUCAGUGCGUGGCCGUGCACUAACGCCGACAUUGAGAGACUACACAACACAAUCAAUGAGCACAUACGCUUGUUAAGGCACGAUAAAGAAAACAAAGACGAAAGUAUAGAAGAUAAAAUGAUAAGAAUAAUAGGUUUUUAUAAUAAUACAAUACAUAGCACGACCGGCAUCAAACCGAUUGAUUUUGUAAAUGGCAAAGUACAUGAAGAUAGAUACAAAGAAAUUCAUGAUCUUAUAAAUUCAAAGAAAGAAAAGUACAUUCAGAAGUUAAAUGAAAACCGGAAGGAUAUAGAAUUAGAAGGCGGACCAAAUUACAUUAGAGAGAUAAGAGGGGGUAAAAAUCACAGAAAAUACAGGAAAAUUAAUACUUAAAAAAUAGAUGAUGACCACUUACAGAUAACAGAAACUGGACAUAAACAUUAUAAAGCUCACGUUAGACCUAAGAAGAAAUACCAAGACAAGAGUAACCCCAAAAUCAAAGCUACAAUUAAAUAAAAGUAAUUUUUUUUAGAUGAUUUUAUAAAAAUUAACGAUGAUUGUUUAAACAAAAUACUAAACUUUGAAGAAGCUAGUUGCAAAAUGCAAACAUUAAAUACACAAGAGAUAAGCGAAAUAAUUCCUGGAGUACUAAUUCUUAAACAUUUUAACAGCACAAUAUCCCAUAACUGCAACAAAGCUAAAUUAAACAUUUCAGGAAAUUACUUAAUCAAAUUUGAAAAUUGUGAAAUAAACGCGUUAAACAAGACUUUUACAAAUGUCAAAAUAAAAAUACAAGACAAGUUUAUUCUACCUAAUAUCAUUACAAAAAUUAAAGACAAUAGUAAUACAACACUAGCAGACAUAAAAAUUGAAUCUUUAUAUCUGAAGCAAAUAGAAUACGAAGAAACACUGAAAAAUAUACUAUAUACAGAU